AUGUCGAAGAAGACCGACGGGCCAGCCCCAGACUCCGCAGAAGGAUAUGAUGCCUCCCUCCUCCCCGACUUCGACCACGAGUUCGUCUCCGACGCCGACCUAGCAGCGUUCGCCAACGCCCUCUCGGCGCCCGAUCCAAGUCCCAGCUCCGAAGACCUGACUCUCCUUUCACCGCAACUACACUCACCGACAACAAACAGGAAUAGCUUCGAUAGUUCGAGAAGGGAGAGCGCGGUUGUGAGUCGGAGGGACAGCGUGAUCGGGGGAGACGGAGCGAGGAGCAGGGAGAGUCUGUUUAUCACGGCGCAGAAUGAUUGGGCGCCUGUGACGCCCAAGCGGUGGCGGAAACGGGACAGCAGGAGGGGGAAAGGAGGGAGGUCUUCGAAAGGGAAGGAAAAGGAGAAGGGGAAGACUGGGGGCGGGGGGAGGAGGAGCAGGGAUGAGACGAGAGAGGGGUAUCUGUAUACGUUGCUGAAAUGGCCGUUCCUAGGUGUUGUAGGAGCGUGGGUCGUGGGCCUGGGCAUCAGCUAUCUGUUCACGCGGUUGUAUAUUUGGCUCUAUGAGCACUUUGUUGCGUGGCGGGGGAAGAGGGAGCGUAUACGGCAGAAGCUUCAUGCUACGAGUAAUUACUCGGAUUGGGUCAUGGAGGCGAAGGAGCUGGAUACGUUUCUGGGGAACGAUAAGUGGAAGGAUAUGGACGAGUUUGCGUACUAUGAUUCGAAGACUGUUAGGAGGGUCUUGGAUCAGAUUAGGAAGUGUAGGAGGAAGAUUGAGCAGGAGGAGAGUAGUAGUAAGAUAGGGAUGGGAAAUGGGAACUCGGGCCCUUCGAAAGCGGUGGACGACUUGAAAGCCCUGAUUGAGGCGUGUGUGAAGAACAAUUUUGUGGGGGUGGAGAAUUCGAGGUUAUAUUCUCAAACUUAUUACGGGACGAAGAACCUGGUUCAGGAAUUUGUUGACGAAGUCGAAAAAGGCCUGACGAUACUCGUCAACACGGACAAACUCCUUCCGGAUGAGAAGAGAACGCUGUUCAAACGUUUGCAUACAAACUACGGCCGAACAGCACUUUGUUUAUCCGGGGGAGCGUCAUUUGCAUAUUACCACUUUGGUGUGGUGAAAGCCCUCCUGGACGCAGAUCUAUUACCGGAAGUUAUCACAGGAACUUCUGGUGGAGCGUUGAUUGCUGCACUGGUAGCGACAAGGACGAAUGACGAGCUCAAAAAGUUGCUCGUUCCAGCACUAGCAGGGAGAAUCAAUGCCUGCUCAGAGCCUUUCACCGUUUGGGCGCCAAGAUGGUGGAAAACAGGUGCCAGAUUCGAUUCGCUGGAUUGGGCUAAGAGAUGCAGUUGGUUCACAAGAGGGAGCAUGACUUUCCGAGAGGCAUAUGAGAGGACAGGGAGAAUACUCAACGUCUCUUGUGUCCCUGCUGAUCCUCAUUCUCCAACUAUUCUAACAAACUACCUGACAGCCCCUGACUGUGUCAUUUGGUCAGCAGUCUUAGCAUCAGCCGCGGUACCGGGUAUCUUGAAUCCGGUGGUGCUAAUGAUGAAGACUCGAGAUGGAAGCCUCGUUCCCUACUCCUUCGGCCAUAAAUGGAAAGACGGCAGUCUCCGUACCGAUAUCCCACUCAAAGCACUCAACCUCCACUUCAACGUCAACUUCAGCAUCGUCUCACAAGUCAACCCACACAUCAACCUCUUUUUCUUCUCCUCCCGCGGUUCGGUCGGACAGCCAGUCACCCACAGACGAGGACGCGGCUGGCGAGGCGGGUUCUUAGGAAGUGCUACCGAGCAAUACCUCAAACUCGAUCUCAACAAAUGGCUUAAAGUGGUCCGGCAUCUCGAGCUUUUACCUCGACCUUUGGGGCAGGACUGGAGCGAGAUCUGGCUGCAGCAAUUUUCAGGCACAAUCACCAUCUGGCCGCGCUCCAUCAUCUCUGAUUUCUGGCGGAUACUAAGUGAUCCCAACCCGAAGCAACUAGCUAGGAUGCUCCACGUCGGCCAACAGAGCGCGUUCCCGAAACUCAAAUUCCUUGCCAAUCGCCUGAAAAUCGAAAGAGUCAUAGAGAGAGGGAGGCGGGAAACUCGAGUUGGGGUCAGAAGGGGAAGCAUCGAGAGUAUCCUCAGUGAAGACGAUAUGCGGAGCUUGCUGCGGCACAGCGAAGAGAAUACGGAGAACGCGACGGCGACGGAGGAGGAUACCGAUGCUGUGACUACCGGGGAUGAGUUUGAGGAUGCGGUGAUGGAAAGGGAGGAGUUGUUAGAUAAGGAGAGGAUGGAAUAG